AUGGAGAGGUGGAAUUUCGCGGACACGGAGUGGGGGAAUGUCUUCCUGGCGUGCGUCGCGGACAUAUUGCACGUGCUGGACGGCGGGAUGUUGGGGCACCUCACGGACAUAUUCAUCAAGGGGAAAAGCAAGCCGGAGAGGCGGGAGUUUGAAAGGACACGGGCGAACUAUGCGGCGUUCGAGAACCGAGGGAUGAUGCAAGUGAUGCCCAUUCUCAUCGCGGACAGCAUGGACGGCUGCAAGCCGGAGGACGUGGAGCAGCGGACGAAGGAGGCCGUUCGGCUUCAAGGGCACGUGCUGACGCGGCGGUCGCGAUGUGCCAAUGUGCGGAACGAAGAGGACCCCGUGCUGUGGGUGUAUCGUGAGGCUCUUGGUUCGGACAUGGAUGGGCUUGGAAGAUGUCUCAUUGAUGCCGGGGUGAACGCCCCGGACAUCAAGGUGCACACGGCGCUGGCGAUUCCGAGAACACGUGGAGGGGAGCUGGUGGCCAAGGGCACAUUUGUGAAGGCCAGCCCAUCUGAACACUGGUUCUCAGAUGUGGCAGUGAAGGCUGAGAAGAAGAAGGAGAAGGAGAAGGAGAAGGAGUGGUACGCAAGGUGCUUGUGCGUGUUCCGUGCGAAGAACGCAGAAGGAGAGGAAGGGGCGUACGUGUACGUCAAGUAUUAUGAGGCGGCGGGCCUAUGCCCAGUCACUACAUGUGUGCAGCUGACGCCUGGGAGGGUGGACACCCGGUACGCUGUGGCGGACGUGGAGUGCAUCAAGCGGGUGGUGCACGUGUGCAAGUCUUACGUCAACAAGAAGGUGCUGCUGCUGAACAAGUUCCUGUUGUGCGAGUAG